AUGGAAAUCAAAAGUUCAAAGCAGUGUAGAUAUGUAGGGUGGCAUGCACCUAGGUUUGUCAAAAGUCAUUACUCAUUAUUCGGAUUAAGUGUCAAUUAUAGGUCUACUGCAGCGGAACAUACUGCAUCUUCCUUCAGUAGUGCAUUUGUUUGCUUCUAUGUCAUUCAUAUUUAUUCUGAAUCUAUUUACCACCUGAUUUUCAAGAAUAAUCAAACUGCCUUCCUCCAAUAUCUAGCUUCCGAAAAUUUGUCUCUCGAUUGCCAGCUCUAUAUGUUUUUGGAGGACUCGUAUAUAGAUGCUGUAAUAACAAUUUUUCUUGACACAAUAGCCAAAGCCAAUUUCUUACCAUAUGGUAUUGAUUUUGGAGGAGUGCCAACCGGUCGUGCCACCAACGGGAGAACCGUUGUGGAUUUUAUUGCUCAAGUUGCUGGCCUGCCAUUUCCACCCCCAAUGCUCGGAUUGUCUGAAACCGAGAGGAAAAUCUUUGUUAGUGGUGUAAAUUAUGGCUCUGGUUCUAGCGGGAUACUGCCUCUGCCUCCUCCUGCUGUGGAAAUAUUUUCAUUGUUCUUUAUCCACAUAGGGACCAAUGACUUAGGCAUAUAUUGGGAUCUUGAACAAAAGCGAAAGUUCCGAACUGCAGAAGAUUAUGCACUCUUCUUAUCGGAGGAGUUGUCCGGUAGAUUGGAGGCAAUAUACCAACUGGGAGCAAGGAAAUUCCUGGUUAACAAUGUUUCUCCAUUAGGCUGCCAACCUUUCAAUCUGAACACAAAAAUGCACAAUACUUCCUGUGUUGAAGAUGUUAACCAGAGAAUAGCUUUCUACAAUGGACUCCUUCCCAACUUGUUGACAAAGUUGGAAACAUCCUUGAAGGGUUCCACAUUUGUGCUGUGUGAUCUAUAUAAAGUGUUUGAAGAUGUUUACACUCAACCAGCAGCAUAUGGGUUUACGAAUGUCAAUGGUUCUUGUUGCAUUGACGAAGCGAGGAAUGGAACUAGAGGAUGCGCCAGAAAUGUUGCUCCUUGCGCUGACAGAACGAGCCAUGUCUUCUUUGACCCAUUCCAUCCGACCGAGACUUCCGAAAAUUUGUCUCUUCGAUUGCCAGCUCUAUAUGUUUUUGGAGACUCGUAUAUAGAUGCUGGUAAUAACAAUUUUCUUGACACAAUAACCAAAGCCAAUUUCUUACCAUAUGGUAUUGAUUUUGGAGGAGUGCCAACCGGUCGUGCCACCAACGGGAGAACCGUUGUGGAUUUUAUUGCUCAAGUUGCUGGCCUGCCAUUUCCACCCCCAAUGCUCGGAUUGUCUGAAACCGAGAGGAAAAUCUUUGUUAGUGGUGUAAAUUAUGGCUCCGGUUCUAGCGGGAUACUGCCUCUGCCUCCUCCUGCUGUGGAAAUAUUUGGACAUAUUUUGAGCUUCGAUGAACAAAUAGAGUUGUUGAACGACACAACAAGAAGCUUGAAGGGUCAUUUUGACAGCCCUGAAAGCUUUUCUCUUUACCUGUCUAAGUCAUUGUUCUUUAUCCACACAGGGACCAAUGACUUAGGCAUAUAUUGGGAUCUUGAACAAAAGCGAAAGUUCCGAACUGCAGAAGAUUAUGCACUCUUCUUAUCGGAGGAGUUGUCCGGUAGAUUGGAGGCAUAUUACCAACUGGGAGCAAGGAAAUUCCUGGUUAACAAUGUUUCUCCAUUAGGCUGCCAACCUUCAAUCUGA